AUGGACGGCAUUCCAGCAACACAGGAUAACACGGACCUUCUAACGGCCAUGAUAGCCGGCUCAGGUGCCGCAGUGGUUCAAACCGUCGUGACAUAUCCGUUUGAAUACGUGAAAACGACAUCGCAGAUAGCCAAUAGCUCGCUACUCAAGACUCCGUACCAUAUCCCAACCGACAGCGUGCGCUCCUUGUUCAUUGGCUGCAACGGCCUGGCUCUGGGAAAUGCCCUCAAAGCCUCCUCUCGGUUUCUAAUUUUCAACAGAAUGACUCAAUUCAUGGGCACCGAUAACAGCAAGGCGAACGCCCCAAGAGUGGUGGUUGCCGGUUUGAUGACCGGCUUUUUGGAGACGCUGUGGGUGAUACCCGUCGAGAACGUAAAGACGCGAAUGAUUGAGAACGCAAUGGAAAAGCAGGGCUACCGAUUGCCGCUUCCGUCUUAUGCGGGGGCCACGGGAGCAGACGGGGUGGAAAAACCAAGGCUCACCAAACGGCCCUUGGAAAGCAAACCGUUCAACCCUCGUCAGAAAUACAUUGACUACUACCGGGCUAACCCAUCCACCACUUUCUUCAGGGCUGUGAAAGAGAUCUAUGAGACAACGGGUCUUUCGGGAUUUAAGAGGGGUUCUUUAAUCACCAUCUUUAGGCAGACCAUGAAUAGCAUGGUUUGGUUUUCGACGUACAACUUCCUGCAGCAGUUCAUUGAUCCCACAAGAGACUCAAUCACCGAUCUGGAACUGAUGGGAAUGGGAGUGGCUUCGUCGUGCGCCGUUGUUGCGAUUACGCAGCCCAUUGACGUUGAAGACGUUCAUGCAGGAAGGAGUGGCCAAGAUGUGGAGUGGAUGGCUUCCGCGGUUGAUGAAGGUGUCCUGCAGUUCGUCAAUCACAUUGGUGACUUACGAAAUGCUUCAGAGGGGAGUGAACAGUUUGACAGAUAUUAA